AUGAAUCAUUUGAUUCUUGAGCUCUCGUCUUGUCUGUUAUUGGGUUCUUGGCGUUUCGAAAACUCAUCAGUGGCGACCAGUGACUCAGCGCGUGGACCGGACCUCCGGCCGCGACGGCCGUCGAUCUCCCAGCUGGUCGAUCCUGGCACUCAUGGUGGCGGUCAGAGAUUGCCACGGCUGCGGAGCUGGCUCUUGGCUCCGGCUCUGAGCGGCUCCGGCUCAUUCGUAUGCAACAAGGCUCCGAGCCUUGUUGCAUACGACUUGGCUGCAAAAACGUUGGGUGUAUGA